GACAAAUCAUCAAUGGCCAGGAACCUUUAGCAGACACACUCUGCUGCUCCCCACCCACAGAAAAUUUACAGAAGUCAAAAGUUUUCUAUUUUCAUUUACACCCCAACAGCGGGCCCUGCUUAUUUCACUCUACUUUGACUCAGCUUAAGGCCAUCAAGAGUAGUUAAGAGUGAAGGCUAUUCAAUAAGAGAGCGAGAGACAAUUUUUGGUUUUUCGUUGAGUGAGAGGAAAUUUUGAAACAUUGUGCAAUGGUGCCGCAAAAGUUUUGAAAGGUUGUUGAGUGUGUUUUGCCAGCAAAGCUUCUGAGAGUCGGACCGUUGGAGAAGAGGUCUCCAUGUUGCAUCCGUACAGAAUGGAGAGCUACCUGAUCCCGCCUGUAAGUAUGAUUUAUUUAUCAUUAUCCACAAAACUGAGGACAUUUUAAUACAUCUAAAGCACAAGUCUUCAGCGAGUAGAUUUCUUUUUCAGAUAAAGAAUUUAAAAGAAAAGAAAUAAAGCGACAGACAAAAUGUUUUAAUGUCAAAUAAGUUGACUGAAUGUAAGAGCGGGUUCGGUUUGAACACAGGACACAAACUGUAAGAGUCUUUUAUACUUCAGGCAACAUGAAAAUGAAACUCCAGACUUCUUGAGAGUUUCAGAACAGCCGUGGCACAAAAAAAAAAGGUUCAUGUAUUUGUAGAAAUAUUACUAAUGUCUGAUCUUAUUCACAAAGUUGGUCAUAUCAAUGUUACAAUUUUAUUAAGGAGAGUUGUGGACUUUUAUAAUGUCAUGGCUCAGAGAUGAGGAUUAAAUUUGUCUCAGAUGUUAUUGUUUUUAAUGUGUGUGCCGUCUCCUGAAAGAUUUGUCUCUUGUGUUGUUUUCUCCAGCACUCAGAAGAAAUGUACGAUCCUGAGAUCUACAGACAUCAAAUCGCAGAAUAUUAUAAUCCAUAUGUCUUAGAUCCAGACAUUCAGGCAGGUGAGUGUUCCUUCAAAUUUAAUUUCUAACUGUAUUUCUUCCUAAAUAAUCUAGAUGGUUACUUCUUCCCUUUUUUUAAUUUAGAAUUUUAUUGAUUUGAGGUCUGAAUGUAAAUAUAGUCUUAAAAAAGAGAGAGAGAGAGACUGGAUGAUGAUUUUGUGUUCAGACGUUUCAGAAAUUUCAGUGAACUUACAGAAAUCUGGUUUUCAGUGCACUGCUUUCUGGUUGUAUUAAAAGAAAAUAAUUGUAUUCAUCCAGCCUUUUCUUUCUCAAAUUUUGAAAUAUAAUUUACCAUGAAUUGAUGUGGUGACUUUUCUGGAGGUUGUACAGAAAAAGGCUGCAGUGCGUGCAGCUGGAGCGCACCACAUUAGGGUGGAUGAAACACAGGAAACAGAUGCCAUUUCUUUCGGCCGCUACGACUACAGACAUAGAACAACUUUCGCCCCAUGGGGCUUUGUUGAUACAUGAGCGAGGCUUUACUUUCUCUUGUAAUCAACAGUUUUGAAUAUUGCACCAAAACACUUUAGAUAGGAGGGUUGGAUGUUUUUUUUCCCUCACCUUGUGGCAAAAGAUGUGAAAGUUUCAGUUGUUCCUGAGAUAAAAAUAUCUAAUGUCUAACAUCUAAACAGCUAAUCAAGCUUUAAAAUCUAAUAUCCAUUUAAUUAAAGACUGAAAAGAGUAUACUUGUAUGGCAUUGAAAGUGCAGGAACAAAGAGGAAAAAGCUCCAUGCUGAAUUGUCCCUUUUUCUCCUCAUAUAAAUUCAAACACUACGAGUAAGCUGCUGGUUGUCAGGUUCAGUUUAAGUUUAGAGGAUUUUUCAUAGACCUGCUCUCUGGCUUUUGUCAUGAGUCAUCUCAUGCAGUUCAAAUUAUUUUCAAGACAAGCUCAUAAAUUCUGGAUGAUUUUACCUGACUGGGGUUCAUUUCUGUCUUUUUCAAUCCUUCUCUGAUGCUCCACAGCACAAGUUUUGCUGUGAUCAACUGAAAACUAGAAGCUGCAGCAAUUUUCUUUUGCCGUUUCUCACCUUCUCUGUUUAGAUCACUGGGAUUACCACCCUCACCCACACGUUCACCCUGUAGAGUUCGAAAACCUCCAAGAAAGCAACUUCACAGAGCUGCAGAGCGUGCAGGCGCUCCACCCGCCGGGGGUGAUACGGCACGAGGCCGUGAGAUACGAUCCGGAGAGCUUGCUCGACCCAAACCUGGGAGCACAUGCACAUGUGUUACAGCAACCAGUGAGUGCUUCAGUUACUCAACACACACACACACACACACACACACACACACACACACACACACACACACACACACACACACACACACACACACACACACACACACACACAACUUUGGCAAAAUAAACAGACUUAUAGUUUUUAGGACCACAAAAACAAAACAUCAAAAUGAUUAAAAAACAGAAAAUGACAAAUAAUAAUUUAAUCCUUACUCUUUAAAAAAUAAUUGCUGUGUGCUCGAUAUUUAUUAAAGGAGCUUGAAAGUAUGAUUUACAAUGAUGCCUCUGGAGCUCACUGCAAAAUCACAAUUUUUCAAAGUUGGUUUUUAAAUCAGAGAGUAGUUUAGGGACAAGGAGGCCAUUUAUGGCUUUCAUGACAAAAAUCAGGAAGUGAAUCUUUUGGCUGCAAGAAAAUCUCACUUUUUGGUUUAAAUAUACAAGCUACAUUUGAUUUAAAAAAGAUCAGCCUCAGCUAAGUUAACACACAGUCACAGCUGCAUGCUGAAAAGGUCUGAACCAGCAAAUGAGAAAAUAGAUCUCUUUUUUGGGUGGGAGGUGGGUUGCAGUGGUAAGUACAGCGAUUAAGAUAUUUUUGAGAUAUUAAAGAUAUCACACUACUAAAGCUCAAAUCUCAGCAUUUAGCGAGUGUUUUUGCCCUAUUUAAAUUCAAACUAUCUCAUUUACUCUACAUUAUUCACAAUUACCCAACAAGUCUAGAGAUGAAUCUUUUCGUGAAUGAUUCAAAACAACACAAAAAGGGUUUUUGCUCACUGUUGGCAAUAUGGUCUCACAUUUUGCAUUGUAAUAUCUUGAAGUAAAAUUUAUACCUGGACCCGUCAGGUCAACGGGAGCUCACGUGAGAAGUUUUUAGCUGGGUAUUAAAAGACUGAAACUGAUACUGAUGCCUUUUUAAGAUCUACUAAAGCAAAUGAGACAUGAAGCAUGAAGAUUUUCCUUUCUACAUUUUUAAUGUCUGAAAUAUGUGUGUGUGUGAGUGUAUGUGAGCACAUGUUACAAAGUCGAUAAGGACAUACUUCUUAAUGCCCUACAUGCAUAAUUAAUAUUAUAUAAAAAUUGUACAUUCAAGUAACUAUGUUGGCAUACAGUUAAAAACCCAAGUGAGACACAUUAGGGUAACUAGGGAAGUGGGAAACAUUUAGAGGUCAACAAAGCUUGGCUGAGGUAAGUGUUAAAAAAAAUUAAUAAAUAAAACAUUUAAAAAAACAGGAAAUGCAGGACAUGAAACCAGUGUUGCCAACCUAGCGACUUUGUUGCUGGAUUUAGCGACUUUUCGAAGGGGGGACUGUGCUCUCUUUUAGAUGGUCAAUGGUGCGACCAAGCCCACAGGGUUUAAGAGGCUAUGGAUGAUAGGCAGCACUCUGCAACUUUAAAUGUAAAGAUGUCAGAGUCUAUGAUCCAGCACAGUCAGAGACUGUUUUUGUACAGACAAAGCUUUUUCAUCGAGGUUUAAGUCCUCAAGACCAGCCACCAAAUCUUCAGGUGUGAAGGCUUGGUAGGUAGGUAUUAGAGCCACUGUCGGUGAGGGAAUAACGACUCGACCUAUUUAUCAUUAUCAUCCUCUCUCUAAAAGAAGUCUUCGGUAGUUUUAGUCGUCCUCUCUUACUAAGAAAUCGUAGAUCAGCUGUCAGAACAUCACGCUCCUAACACUGCAGGUAGUUAUAGGAGCACAUUUAAGAUCAAACCUUUUCAAAUCAAUUGAACUCCAAAACUCAUUGAUACAAAUGAUCACACAUCAAACAUGUAACACUUCAUAAUGUUGCUUGGAGAAACCAUACAGAUACAUUGUCUCACUAGUUCCUUCCUCCUGUUUCUUGCAGCUUUACAGAUUUCAAAAUAAAAGCACAAUAUAUGCAACAAAUAAAACCUUUUUUCCCCCAGUGGUCAACUUAUUAGUUAAACAAACAAACAAACAUUAAGGGUUGAACAUGUAAUUCCUUUCAUACCUUAAAAACAUUGUUUCUCUGUCUGUUUUUCUGUGUUACAUCCAUACCCGGUCUCCCCUAACUAUGUAUGCACUUAGAACAAUCGUGAUGUAGUUUUGGAUUGAAGGGACUUUCUUCGUGGGGUUUAUGGUGACAUCUUGGGACAGAAGCCAAGUGAUAGAGAGACAUCUCUUUGUUUUCGUUUUCUUUCUUUUUUCUUAUUUACAGUCAUGUCUUCGUUGUAACAUGUCUGACAUCAGUCAGUUGUUUUGCGGCACUUAUUCCACUUGACCCUGUGUACUGUACAAAACCACGGCUUUAUUUAGAAUCUGUUUCCAGCCGAGCAAGAUCAUCAUCUAGUUUCAUUUUAGUCUCGGAACAAACAAAUAUGGGGGCAGUCCGAUUUUAAAGAUCAAGUUUACCCUUGGGUAAUAAAAAAGCCUUUCUUUAAAACUGGUAAUACUUAUUAUAAAUAUGACAGAUGACCUUUUAUUGUAAUGAGAAAACUAGAAAACUAGACGAAACACUAAAACACUCAAAUGUGUUAAGGUGUGAGAAAAAACACACAGUGGAAAGGAAAUGUGAACACAAUGUGAAAAACUUUGGUUCACACAUGGGAUUAACAUGCAGUUUCCACCACUGUCAGUUUUUCUGUCAAAACAAUGUCACAAAGACGUUGACGAGUGUUUGCCCAGCCAGGCAUACAGCUGCUGUGGAGCAGCAUCCACACAUCACAGCUCAUGCAGAGAGAGAAAUGAGGCCCCACUCUUUCAUACACUGACAAAGUUUGAGCUCAGUUCAGUACAGUAAAAAAUUAUCAACCAAAUUUCCAUCUCUGAAUGUUAUUGUACAAACAUUUUACAUCUACAGCUCAAGUACAAGAGUUCAUUCUCCAGCUUUUGGUUACAAGUGUAUUUAUUACAGCUAAAAAUAUUUGCCGUUUUUUCUUGUCUUUGUCUGGUAAAUUUCCAGAGUUUCCUAACAUGUCAUGAUGAAACAGUAUCAUAAUUUCAGUUUUUUUUUCUCCGUUAUUGCGUAACGAAAGAGAAAAUAGACUGUCCUAGAGUGUCCAAAAAUAUAAACAUGUACACUUUUAUGUAACAAAGGGAAUAUCAAUUUUCCGAAUGUUUUCUUUGGAUCUCAAUUUAACUCAUUGUGUUGUAGGUCCCAUUCUUCCCACGGACUGUCUACCCUCCACACGUGUCCCAGCGUAGCUCUGAUGAUGAGGAGCAUGGAGGACGAAGCCCCCCGUUGGAGGUGUCUGAUGAGGAGUGUCUCAGAGAUCGCGUCUCUUAUAUCACAGCAGGAGAUCUAGGUAAGGAUACAGAUCUGUGGGUCAGGAUACGCUGUACUGUAUGUGCAUCAGCAGGGGGCUCUUCAGUUCUCUACUGAGCAGUUAACACGGAUACUAAAAGACACACCAGCUGUGCCGGCCAUGUGCAGAUUCUUAGCCAUCCAAGUCUGGGUAUAUGUAGAAGUGCUAAGUCACCUGAACUUCUUGUAAAUUCUUGAAUCAGGACUAUAGCAAGACCGGUAGCUUUAAAACCACAAUAGCUGUUGAUAUGUGUUUGCACACCCUAACAAGCAUGCGCGUGUCACCUCCAAUACCAUCUUGCCCUCCGCCUUAAAGAUAGAAGUGCAAAGUGGAUCUGUUCAGGGGUGUUUCAUGUGGUUGGCUGUCAUAGUUUCCAUUUAGAGUGAAAGAACAAGAGCUGCUCUAAAUCCUCUCUGGAUCACUUUAAAGCCAGUCUUUCCACAUUGUGGUGUUUGACGCUUAGAUUUGAGUCAUGUCAGCUUUGUGUUCUGCUGACCAUUUAAAAUACACUUUUAGGAUGAGUUACAAGUUGCACAACUGCUUUGACAAUGCUGGUCAAGCAUCUUCCACCGGAAGUGUGUGCUUUAUCUGCCACAAAGUAUUUUUAAAGAAGGGUUGAAUUAAUCCUGCAGGUGGAGAACCGCAAGUAAAUGCAUAAUUAGGCUGUCUCCUUCUUCUGAUCCAACCACAUUGACCAGUUUUUACAGUAGCUUGUUUAUAUCUCAAGCUCAUUGCUAUUUCCUGGUGUCUUUUUGUUAAGGGUUAGGGUACUGCCUUAAAACAUAACAGUAACACUAAAUGGUAAAUAGACCAUUUAUAAAUGGUAAGCAGAUAGUUUAUUAAUGUUUAAUCAUCAUUUAUAAAUAGCAUAUAAACCAUUAAUAAAUGGUAAAUUUGACAAUUUUAAAAACCAAACCCUAACUUUACAAUAACCAUCUAAGUAAUGUUUAUAGAUGGUUUAAAAACCAAAUGUUAACCAUUUACAAAGUGCUACUGACACACAUUUUAUUCUAGAUGUUUUACAACCAAUAUUUAAACCCUAAAUAAUCCUUUAAUAAAUAGUCCAUUAAUAAUUAAUGAAAAUUAUUAAUCAUAGUUUCAUUGCUUGUUAAUGGUAAAGAAACUAUUCACUUACAUUAAUAAACCAUCUAUUUGCCAUUUAUAAUUGGUCUUUAUGCUGUUUGUAAAUCAUGAUUAAACAUUAAUAAACUAUCUAUUUAUCAUUUAUAAAUUCUGGUUAUUGUAAAGUGUUACCGACAUAACAGAUAAAAAUGAUAGAAAUGGUUGUUUUAAUGAUGUCUGUUUAUGGAUCCAUUCACUAUGUGCAGUAAAACCUCUACAGCUCAAACUCUGCUGUCAAAGAGGCGAAUAUGCCACCGGUAGUGUUUUCCUCAUAGCACCAUGACAAUGUGGAAACAAUGAGAUGACUCACUGUGGAUUUUAUCUACUCAUAUUUCUCAGAAAUUCUGAAACAUGGUUGACACUUUUCUGCCACUCAGGACUAUUUUAAAUUCAGGGCUGUAAAUCUGGAUUCAGACAAACUUACUAUAUCAUUGAUAAAGUGAACUUUUUCUGGGCCUGUAAGAAAACUCGGCCCUGUCCAAAACAGGUGUUUAAGUUUGAUAAAUAAAAAUAAUUCACAGUGUCUAUAUUCUACAUAUUUUACACAGUAAAGCCAAAAUAGCAGACUUUUGUCACCAGUUAAUCUGAGCAUGGCUGACAGCUAGCCAUGUUUUAUCGGGUGCGUUAAGCUGUGGAGAUAGAUUCAGACUUUUGAGACACAGUUAUGGGAAAUACUCUAACUGGGAUCAUACAGUUGCAACUGUGCAGCCUUUAUCUCAAUAGUCUUUUCAUUCUCUUUCACCUUUGAAUCAAUUUAUUCUUUAUCACUAAAUCUGAAACAAAUCAAGAGUCACAAAAAUCCCUGUGCAUAUAUGAUUAAUAAAAACAACUUGGUGAUUUCUCCAAAGGUAACAAAAAGAAGAUUCGCCUGUACCAGUUCCUGUUGGACCUUUUAAGAAACGGGGACAUGAAGGACAGUAUCUGGUGGGUGGACAGAGAAAAAGGGACAUUCCAGUUUUCUUCCAAACAUAAGGAGGCCCUCGCACACCGCUGGGGAAUCCAGAAAGGGAACCGCAAGAAAAUGACCUAUCAGAAGAUGGCGCGUGCCCUGCGCAACUAUGGCAAAACAGGAGAGGUGAAAAAGAUAAAGAAGAAGCUGACCUACCAGUUCAGUGACGAGGUCCUGGGCAAGAGUCAUUUAGAAAGGAAAGUUUAUGUGUAGAAAGAAACUGAAAUGUGGAGAUUGACUCGUAAAAGUUUGACAUUGGAAGCACCAAUGACAUGUUGAAGUAAGAGAAAAAAAUCCUUCUGUCUUAAAAUUCUUACUGAAAUCUGCAAAUGGACACUCAAGGUCAUAAUACUCGAAACUGUGGCCAAAGAUGGAACUGCAAGUCAAGUAUCACUAGAGUUCAGACAUUAAAGCUCCAGUGAGGAACUUUUUGUCUGUGUUGGUUUUGGUGCCCCCCUGUGGACAAACAUGUAACCCUUACAUUGUUGGUGAUUUUGUUUUGUCCUCAUGGAAGGGGGAUUAUUUGAAAAAAAUGUUUUUUUUCAAUGACAUGUACGACUCACUGUGAGUUUUUGUUAUGGGGAAAGUCACAAAGGCUUUUUCUUGAGCGACCUACCCUCUCACAGCAGUUACAGGCAUUAAAAAGAGCAACCUAAAAACAGUAAAUGAUGUUGACAAUGGUUUCAUCUGCUUUUACACAUCAUAAAUACACAUCACUGUUUAUUUCAGUCUGUUUCAUAACCAUAAAAAAACCCUUAUAGGAGCUUUAAUAAUAACUGCUCAUUAAUGUACAGUAUGUGAGUUACUGUAUCUCUACUGAGUGAUAUUUUUGUUCAGAUAUAAAUUCUCUCACUGUUUUUCCUGCGUACACAACUGGCUGUAAUAUGCAUCAUAUUUUAAUUAUUUCUUUAUUUUUAUGAAUUUUUGAAACAUGUUGAUGAUUGAGUGCUGAAAAACUAUUGGCAAACUCUUGUUGGCUCCUCUGGGGUGUUAUAAAUAGAUGCCUCGCUUAUAUCGGAGGAGUUUUCAAAGACAUAGUUGCAGAAAAUAAAAUGCUGAAAGCCAGCAGGCCCAUAGCUCUCCCCAGUUAAGUCCACUCAUAAACACAUUACAUGUAUCUUAUCUAACCCACACAAACACUUGUGACUUCUUACAGUUUUGUCCUCACUCUCAGAUUUUUUUUAAUCACACCAGCAGAGACUUCUAUUUGCAGUUUAGUUGUUGAAGACUCUUGGCCACUAUGAUCCGGUUCACAGUUUUAAAAGCUUGUACACAUGCAAAUUCACUUGUAUUCUUCUGUAAAUGUCUUUUUCAUAUUUACAAAUGUAACUAAUGUAAUUUCAUAGCGCGGAACCGCUCCGAGAGUUUAUGGUUUCAAACUUCGCAGACGGUAAAAGCCUAACAUGCUACUGUGUUUGAUCCUUUUUGUGUCAGACAUCCUCAAGUUCUCUUUCAAUAAUACUGUAUGUACAUAAAUCGAUAUUUAAAACAGAGAAGAGAAGGACGCCAUUGAAGAGAUGAGAACAAUACUGUGAUAAUCCACAUUAGAUAUGUUUGAAAGUCACAAACUCUCUGUGUGGUAUGAUGAAUGAUUGCAUGUAAAUAAAGAAAUUGUUCGUACAUCUA